GCAGUGCCGUUUGUGCAAUUUUGACAGAAAAAUAAAGGGAGUCUCCGUCUCCUGUCUCUCGCACAUCGUCGAUCGUCUCUGUUACACGGACUGUGGAGGUAAAGCUGCGGAGAGAGAGAGAGCGAGAGAAGAACAACAGCUGAAAGCGGAGGAACGAUGUCACUGGUAUGGAUGGAAGCGCUACUUCCGCUCGGAAUCAUUGCCGGAAUGCUAUGCGUCAUGGGAAAUGCUCAGUAUUAUAUCCACAAAGCCGCCCAUGGCCGGCCUAAGCACAUUGGGAACGACAUGUGGGACGUGGCGAUGGAGAGAAGGGACAAGAAGCUCGUGGAGCAGGCGUUUGCCCAUAUCCAGAAUUAGAUUGCCUCUUCCGGCUUUUGGAUGCAUCCUAGUUGAUGUGUGGGCUGCAAGAACCAUGAGAUAAUUUUAUUUCGUGAAGUUUCAUAUGUUGUACGCUCCCAAAAUAUAAGUCAGACGGUAGCAGGUCUUGUGUGAAUAGUUGUAGUAGGGCACUAAUUUAUUCUUACAAGCUCGUGUAUGGUCUUUAGAGGAACAAGCAUUCUGAUUUCAUAGUGCAAAAGCCCAGCUCUUAAACAAAAGAAGAGACGUUUAAAGGAAUACAUGCAAAUGCAUGAACUAAUGUCCUCUCUUGAGGGAUACUUUCAAGCUUUAUGGAUUUACUGGCUUUAGCAGCUAUUGGACGCUAUGGUUUUUACAAGUUUUUAAGAUAAUAUAAAGGAACUUUGUGGUAGUGUGUUGAUAUGUUGAAAACUUGGAAGAGUAUCGGAACUUUACUUCUUUUUACAAGUUCUGUAUGACUGUAUUAGUACCAUCAUAUGUAUCGAGGGCCUCGUGAAAUUUUAACUCAAUGAGAUCCUAUCAUGUUAACUCAA